AUGGUGGACGAACUGUUGCCCCGCGCCGUGCAGGCGCUGCGGGAGAGCGCGGCGCGCCGCGUGCGCGAUGUACGUGAGGUACAGCUACCUGAACUAGGGCAGUGCUUGACCCUGUCUGAUUUUGCUGCGGCUGAGUCCGGUCUUCACGCUACGCUCGGCAAAAUCGCGGCGCUUGCACAGAGCGUUGCGGAUGAGGCGGAAGAGGGCGACACGCCUGCAGCGCGGCACGCCAUUGCGAUUGCAGCCAAGGCGGAUCGUGAUACACAUGAUGCGCUGCGCGUUGCUGCGCGGCGUGCACUGCUCACUGCACACCGCGCCGUGCUAGCCAAGCAAGAAUCGGCGGCGCGUGAAGCGUUGCGACUCGGAUCUGCUAGUGCGCGCAACCGCGUCGGCGCUGUCAAACCAGGCUCAGCAGACGACCGAGCCGCUGCGGCAUCUGAAGACGUGACGAGUGCGCUGCAGCGCACCGUCGCGCUCAUGUCGACCGAGCUGGAAAAAUCGGGAUACAGCGCCCAGCUUCUGGAAGAAUCGAGCGAGACGAUUGUACAAGUGAAUGCUGCGUACGGGUCUUUCGGUGAGCUGCUACAGAACUCGGUGUUGAUUAUCAGACAGAUGGAACGCGCAGAGCUGUUCGAUUUGUUGACGCUCGCCGCGGCGCUCAUGUUUUUUGUCGGCUGCGUUUCGUACAUUUUGUACGUGCGGAUUGUGGGGCGUGGUAUAUGGGUGCUUGGCACUGCGUGGAAGGUCACAGGUCUUGGAUCGCUUGUGCGCAUGCCGUUUGCGAAAGAGGGGCUUGCCACGGCGACCUUGUCCGCAUCGUCGUACAUGCACGCAACGACGAAACGAGUCGCGCCGCGCGCAGACGAGGAGGAUUAUGUCGCUGCAGCGACAAGAUCGUACACAGAGAUGACCACUCCCGCUGCUUCGUUAUGGGAGGAGGCGAGUCCAGUGCGGAGGAAACGCCGCGUGAUGAGUAGGGCAUCGAACGCGCAUUCAAGGCAGGCAAGUGUGCACACCAAGCGCCAAACGCACAGCACAACCAAGCAUGCUGCGGCGCCUACUGGCCGAGCUAACAGCGACACAGGUGCAGGCACGGAAGCGACGACCAGCACAAAGAUGGUGGGUGAGACGCAGAGCGACCUGCAUGCCUUGCCGAUUUUGUCGACCAAAGCUCGGUCAGGUGCUGUGUCUGCAUCAGCGGACGCUCCGGAUUUGCCAGGACUGGCUACCGUUGACAUGGUAGAUGAGGUGGAAAGCGUGCACGAUGCGAGCUCGCGUUUGCCAGCGCCCGAUUUUCUUAUCCCCCCGACGCCGUCUUUUGCAUCCUUUACCAGCGAGGUUGCUUCUGUUAGCGUUGUCCCCGUAUCAGAGACGGAAACUCGAUCCAUAUCGGCACCGCACGCAUCCGUGCACACGAGCAUGGGCACAAGUAUGCCCGCAGUCCAUUCUAUGCACACAGAGUCUCUUGCCGAAACGGCCUUCUCCGUGCCCACAAAUGUGGCUGAAAAUCUCUCUGCGUCGCAGGAUCCAUCCUCGCUCGCUCCCUCGACAAGGAUCUCGUCGGUAGAUACCACAUCGCCACUGGGCCCUACCCCGACGCUGCCAUCGAUGCAUACGACACAAGAGCUGUCAACAUCCACCGGCGAAUCCACCUCGGAUACCACUUCCAUCUCGUUUUCUACAGCCUCGCCAGAUUUGACGGCGCUCACCACAUCGCCAAGGCUGGACAAUGUGCCUUCACCGAACGCAGCUUCAGCGCCUCCUUCCACGUCCUCCACGUCAAGUACGUCGACCGUCUUUCCCCAAGACGAUGCCAUGUUUUCCCCAAGCAGCGCUUCCGCCGAGGUAGUCGAAGAGAUGGACGAUGCGCCAAUGUACCACGACGAGCUAUAA